AAGGAGCGCAGCAGCAGCCACAGAGCUGCCUUGAAUUCCAUGCAUGCAGCUAAAGCCCAACCACUUUAGUUCCGCCUGCUGUCUUUCUGUACUUCUUCAUCUCUUUCUUGUUGCAGAUUGCUGAAAUCUUAUAUGAUGAAUUAUUCUUGUUCUUGAGGUUGCUGAAUCUUGUACGAAUCCUUCUCGUGUAAAAAAAAAAAAAAAAAAUCUUGGUUUUUCCUGGUGCUUCGGACUUUGAUCAUUGGUUCUUUGCCCGUUCACCUGUUUGAGCUUUUGCCACAACCAGAGUUUGGAUGCUGAGAAAGAGGAGCAGACCAGUUCAGGAGCAAAGCAAAGGGCACCUCAUGUCUCACGCAGCCUCUGAUGGUGUGGAGAAAAAGAGCUCUUCUAGCUCCUUCCUUCGUGUCCCCGGCUUGCUUGUGGGAUUCACCGGGAAGUGGCCAUCAGACCGUGGUGCAGUAUGGAGCCCUACAUCUCCCCUUGACAAGGCCUUCUCCAGCCCUGGCUCUGGCUCCCCCACACCUGCAGGCACUAAUGGCAGGCUUAAAUGUUGGGACAGCAGCAGCAGGGUUGGCCUUGGCCUCCUUGAUUCUCGCAAUGAGGAUGAGGACAACACGCCAUGGGGGAAGAAGGCCUCAGGGCAUGUUGGCAACAGGAACAUUGUGUUUGGUUUACAGAUGAAGCACAUGAAGAACAACGUCGUCUCCACUCACAAGAAAUCCUUACUCCAUGACUAUGGAAUCUUGUCACAGCCACAUUUUGGAUCACCCAAACCUCAUUCUGGUUCUCCAGGGCUGAAUAUAGAAUCGAAAGAGGCUAAGUUACAUCGCGAAGAGUUUGAAUUUCUGCGGUCCUGUUCCGUCGACACGGGACGUUCAUCUUUGCUUGCUACUAAAUCCUCUAACAAUGUCACAACCCACUUGAAUUCAGAGGCUCAGUCAGCCCCCAACUUUGAGAGGGUUUUGGGGUCCCUCCCAAUAUCUUUUGGUUCUUCUCAUGUACUUCUUAGUACACUCUUUGCGAGCGAGAUCGAGCAAUCGGAGGAUUACACUUGCAUUACAUCUCAUGGUCCUAACCCAAAAAUGACUCAUAUCUUUGGAGAUUGUAUACUUGAGAGCCACUUCAUAAGAUCAUCAUCCUUUAAGAAUUCUGAUAGUAAAGCAGAGGAAGAUUCACUAUCAUGCUGUGGCAAUAAAGCUCUAUGCAGCUGCUAUUGCUGUGACCAAGAAAGAUUGAUGGAACAAAAGAUGGAGAUAUUUUCAGAUGGCUCUACAGGUCCAUCAUUCCAUGAGGAGUCAUUGCUUGAUGAGAUGGCUUCGGCUUCACAGAGUGAGCAUUGAAAUUCACAAGAGUGCUGUUAAUGGGUUGUAAACCUCA